ACACUGAAGGAGGGACGUCUGGAGAACCCGCUGGAGUGAUAGCGAUGUCGUAGUGUGAAGAUCUCUCUGUCGUUAAUAGAAUCCUACAGGGAGUAAGGUUUACGUGUUUAUGAGGUUGAAUUUCGUAGCGUGAUGGCUAGAAUACGCUUGCGCAUUACCCCUCUGGCGGGCUACCUCUUCGCCCUGGCCUUCUACAGUGGUAUGAUGUUCCUCUCUGUCAUCAACGAGAAGGAAAAAGCAGCUUCGUUAACCUUGGACUCCGAGGAACCUGCUUUUAUUAGGUCGCAUAAGUCAUCGAGAAGUAAAAACGACAACCUGGCGCUGCAAGACGUGCAUGAUUUCUACGACAGGAUCAGCACGCUGGAGACGAAGUGCCGGAAGAUGGUCCGUUUCGGCGGCACGUACUGUAAAGGGUACCUUGACAACGAGAAGUAUGUGUGUAUGGACGAUGACGUGAUCCUGCGUUCCAGAAACUGCACAGUUUAUUCUUUUGGUGUUGGGGCUGACACCACCUUCGAUGACAUGGCGAGUUACUAUGGCUGCGACAUCUUUAUGUUCGACCCCACGGUCAACGAGACGGAACUGAAGAUGUCCAACGCGAAGAGAGAGGUCUUCUAUCCUUGGGGUCUCAGCUCACGCCAUUAUACACAAAAUUUUAGCAUAGAAUUUGAAGACAAGCCGUCGAACUUGUUAGUUGGAGAGUUCACGACCUAUGAAGACAUCAGGAAGAGACUCGGCCAUCAGAAACGAGAUGUGCAUUAUUUAAAGAUAGACAUUGAGAACAUGGAAUGGUCUGUCUUGCCGCUGCUGGUGAGAGAUGGCCACCUGGACCGGGUGUCGCAGCUGGCCAUCGAAGUCCACACCAUGGAUAUCAUCAAAGCACCUCCAGAAAAGGUGCUGCCUAUGCUGCAGAGUUACUGGCAGGUGUUGGAGAGUCUAAAGCAGCUGGGUUUCCUGCGGGCGAACCACCGCUUCAACGCCGUGCUGGAGACCUUAUACCACGACCGCGCGCAGAACCGGACUAUUUCGACGUGUAUGGAGAUCCUGUAUUUAAAGAGAGGGUUCAAUCGGCGGUUGCACCUGCAGCGCCACCUUCCUCCUCCCGAAGUUUCCCUGUAGUUAUAUUGGCGUUGUAAUUUUGUGGGUUUUUUUUCAUAAUUUUCAUUUUUGUUGUAAUUCCGUGAUAUUAUUUUUGUUUCUUCUGGUUUUUAGAAUUUCCCGGCUUUUUCCUUUGUUUCGUCCUUUUUUGUUUUAGCAAUUUCCUGGUCUGUAAAGUGGCUAGUGAUUCGACAUGUACAUAAUCAGAAUUGCAAUAUACUUCUUACUGUGUUCGUGCGUAAGGGGAAAUUCAGUAGAGUGAGGCUUUCGCAUGCCCACGCUCACGCGAAAAUCUAUCCAUGUUAAGA